ACAGCGAAGCGAGAGAGGGGAGGCGAGGAGGGGCGAGGUGAGGGGAGGAGCCGCUCCGCACAGCGUCGCCAGGGGGGGGAGGGAGGACACGGCUGCUGCGUCACGGGCACCUCCUGACGGCGGCCGGGCCUCGUGCUGCCUGGCGCCCCUCCCAGCACGUGUCCGGGCAUCGGCGAGGCAUUAAAGCUACUCUCCGUCGUUGUCUCCACGCCGUGCGGAAAAGAGGCGCCAUUUUGGAAAACAUCCCCAACAGCCUACAAGCGUAAGGCUCGCGGCGGCGCGGUGUGUGUGGCUGCAGGGGGCGGCGAGGGGCGAAGGAGGCGCGGCGGGGAAGAGUUUGAACGUGGAAUCUUGUUAAUUUUGCAAGGCAGAGCAAGACACAAUAGAGAAGGACGAGAGUGGGCUGGCGGCGGCCUCUCCCUCCCUCCUCCCCGCCCCCCGCCCGGCCGAAAGGGGAGGCGAGCUGCACGAGUCGGCCAAUCAGCGCGCGGCGAUGGCAGGGAGCGGCGGCCAAUCAGGAGCCAGGGCCGAGGGAAGUGAGUGGCCCCCAUGGUUCUUGAGGCUAAUGGCGAGAGACUUUCUGGAAAUGUCGGAGGGCCGAGUGGCGGGAGGGCGUGCGUGCGUGCGUGCCAGUGCGGCGGGAAGCGUUGAGUGCGGGAGUGUGCGGGCUGCGGGCGUGUGCGAGUGAGUGUCUGCGGCGUCGGUGAGACACGUGCGCCAUGCUACGCGACACACCUUGCUUGGCGUGAACCUGUCCUGUCCUGUCCAGCGGAACACCCUCAGCUUACCUGCGUAAAGUGAGGUGGUCUGCCGAGCGAGGCGGCGGCGGCGGAGGCGGCGGCGGAGGAGGCGGUGACGGAGGCGGCGGCGGCGGUGCUUCUGUCUAACGAGGCGGCGGCGGCGGUGGUGACGGUGGUGGUGGUGGUGGUGGUGGUGCUGUGAAGAAAGCUACUGAGUGCUGUGCUGUUGUGGUGUUCUGUGCUGCCCUGUGCGUCGCUGCUACACACACACACACACACACACACACACACACACACGGACUCAAAAAACCUGCCAAAAACAAUUAAGUGGGCGUUCCUAUCAGUUCCGAGACCCGCCCACGCCCACACCGACGCCCACGCCACGCCCGCGAUGCAUCCAGGGGCGGCGAGGCUUCCCCGGGCGGCGCUGAGCGUGGGCUGAGGGGCGCUGAGGACGGCAUGUGAGGGUGCGUGGCCAUGAGGGGGCGGGAGGCAGGCUGGCCGGGUCUGGCGGGGCUGCAGGUUCUGGCCUCGUGGGUGCUGCUGCUGCUGCUACUCCUACCCGCCCUCACCCCUGCCCACGCCGCCUGGUGGUUCAUGUCGCAGCUGAGUGCCUCGUACACGUCCACUCGGGUGCACUGCAAGAACAUCCCGGGGCUGGUGAGGCGGCAGCGGCUCCUGUGCAACCGCCACCCGGACGCGAUGAUGGCGGUGACGGAGGGCGCGGUGCAGGGCGUCCGCCACUGCCAGAAACAGUUCCAGGACGCGCGAUGGAACUGCUCCACCAUCCCGCGCGACGCCUCGGUCUUCGGCAGGCACGUCCUCAGGACCGGGACGCGGGAGUCAGCCUUCGUGUACUCCAUCAACAGCGCGGGGGUGGUGCACGCCGUCACGAGGGCCUGCAGCCGCGGCGCCAUCACGAACUGCGCCUGUGACCUGACCAAGAAGGGGACUGAGACGGACUGGGUGGGGCAGUUCAGCUGGGGCGGCUGCUCCGACAACAUCCGCUACGGCACCGCCUUCGCCAGGAAGUUCAUAGAUGCGAGAGAUCGAGGCCAAAGGGACGCCCGAGCCCUCAUGAACCUACACAACAACCGCGCCGGCAGGAAGGGCGUGAGGAAGAAGAUGCGUCUGGAGUGCAAGUGUCACGGGGUCUCGGGCUCCUGCACCACGAGGACGUGUUGGCAGACCAUGGCGCCGUUCGGAGCCACGGCGCGCUGGCUGAAGGCGCGGUACGACGAGGCGACGGAGGUGAGCAUGUUGCCGAACGGGGAUGGCCUCGUGCCGCGCCUGGGGGAACACCGGGCGCCGAGGAAGAAGGACCUCGUGUACCUCGAGUCCUCCCCUGACUAUUGCCUCGCGGACACCUCCUACGGCUUCACGGGGACGGGGGGGCGGCAGUGCAACAAGACCUCGCGGGGGCCGGACGGGUGUGAACUGCUGUGCUGUGGCCGCGGUUACGACACACACCGGCGCCUCAUCACCUCCAAGUGCGAGUGUAAGUUCCAGUGGUGUUGCUCCGUGGAUUGCAAGACGUGCGAGAGUUGGCGGGACCUGCACUUCUGUAAGCCGCGGCAGGAACCUUCACCGUCACCCUCGACCUCGCCCUUGUCUUCGCCCCCCUCCCUGCCUUCACCCGCCUCUCCGCUCUGACCUGGCGGAGGGGCACGCCUGGCCGGCACCUCCACCUUCGGGACGCCUUAGGACUCGGCGCCGAGGAUACGUUGCAGCGUGGGGGAUUCGGGAUGUGACUCGCCUACACUGACACGUCACUUACACGUAUACUAUAUCACAAUACACGUCACAUACACUUCACGUUCACAAUACUUCACCGACACUAGGUAUUUCACAUUCCCAUCUACACCUAUAAUCACACUAUUAAUAUACCUGAAAGGCACAUAUACCUCUACGCUUACACCAUGAACUUCGCCAGUACUAUAUGUGAAAGUUCAAUAUAAAUACAUUCAUAUCUUCUACAUGUCAUACACACUUCUCUCACGUCUACACAUACACCCCAGUUGGUCAAAUUUCACCCUACACACACACACACACACACACACACACACACACACACACAUAGCUCCUUCCCUCCACAUACACAUACUCCUACAACCACCCCCAUAGUCUACUUCCUCCACAUUGGCAUCCAUACUCCACAUAAUGUUUCAUGACCAUACUUGAAGCCCUUACAGAUUUAAAAGCAAUAUUCCACCCAUCCACAGUUAUAGAAAUGAACAGGAACAGAAGUUAUUUCCCGACCCCCCCUUCCUCCUCCUUCUCCACCUCCUCCACCACCCAUAUACAAGUACUACCACUACAAUUAUAGCAUGGCCACCCACACCCACACCCACCCGGACAUAAAUACAGACAGGCACUUCCCACCCAGCAACGCACAUCCACCCAUUCACCAUCACUCCCCUCCCCUUAAACCCCCCUCCCCUUCACCCCCCUACCCCCCCGUCACCCCACCACCAAUACACACGAAGAAAAACAGGAACACACGGAGACAAUACACACAGGGAUAGAGAUAAAAAGAAACACACACACACACACACACACUAACACAGGCUACAUGCAUGCAGGAAAAACAGACACAGAAACAAAAAGCACACACGCACAUACACACACACGCACAUACACGCACUUACACGAGAGGCACAUCCCCGCUACAGUUCCAACACGCCCCUCGAGACCUGCACUUGAAGAUCCUCGUUCCCUACAGCGUCUAAUUGGGUCGUUUAGUGAAAGUGACGAGUGCCCGGGAGAGAACAUGAAGCACCUCGGAUGUAGACCCUAUUCCUCCUCCUCCUCCUCCUCCUCCUCCUCCUCCUGUUCCUUCUUCUCUUCCUCCUUUUUUUGCUACUUUUCCUCUUGUUCUACUUCAAAUGGUAAUUCUAAUGCUUCUUCUCUUUUUUCUUCUUUUGUUCGUUUUAUUUUAUUUCCUCUUUUCUAUUUUCUUCUCUUUCUCCUAUUCCUCCUUUUCCUCCUCUUCUUCGUCGUCGUCCUCCUCCUCCUCUUCCUCGUCGUCGUCCUCCUCUUAUUUUUGUUAUUUUUUUCUUCUUAUUCUACUCCAACUUCUGAUUCUAAUUCUUUGUCUUUUUAUACCGCUUUUCCUCUUCGUCUUUUCUCUCCUCCUCCUCCUCCUCCUCCUCCUGCUUCUUCUCCGGCUCUUCAUCCUCCCGGUCUCCUCUGAGGGUCCUUGGAAAGACUAGCUCAGCAUCGGGUCUCAUUAGUGAGGUGCGCCCGGCGAACCCAGAGCCCACGGGAAGAGGUGCUUGGCCGGGGUUCAAGAGCAGACUAUUAGUGAAGGAUGGGCGCCGACACCACCCCCUUCCUCCCCCAUCUACCCCCCACGACCCCCACACAAGGAACACUCGGUACACCUGACUCACGUUUGUACCUGAGUGUGUGUGGCUGUGCAGGUACACGAACUUUCCCUGGUUACCUGUACUUUUCCUUUCACCUGUGUUACGUGUCUACAGGUAAACACAGGUAAAUACAGGUACUUUCUCAGGUGUGUGUUAAGGGGUGUUUCUGAGACCUGUUUCCGUAUGCACCUGGCUACCUGUGGACUUAAUUGGUGAUGAGCCAGGUGAGGGGAUGUGGUUGUGGGGGUAAGGGGAUCGACCUGUGCAUAGUGUUGGGUUCAAAGUAAAGGAUUUGAACCCUAGACGGAGGAGUGUUUUAAGUGUAUAGUGUAUCCGACCGAUCCCCUGUGUCUUGUGUAACUCCCUUGAUGUGUCCUAUUUUACUUCUUUCUUUCUUUCUUUCUCUCUUUCUUAGUUCUUUCUGUUUCUUUCUUUCUAUCUUUUUUUCUAUCGUUCCGUCUCUUUUUUUUCUUUCUAUUUCUAUUUCUCUCUUUUUUCCACUUUCUUUUCCUUCCUUUCUUUUUUCAUUUCUUUCUUUUUCUUUCUUUCGUUCUCUCUGCCUGUCUUUUUUCUUUCUUUCCUUCUUUCUUUC